CUCUCUCUUCCCUCCUUGGCUCUUCACCUCUCUGCCGGAGUUGCUUCAAUCAGUUUCUCUUCUCUAGGUCGAUAGCACCCUCCUCUUACCACACAGGGCGUCGUUAUCUUUCUCUAGCAACUUCACCAACAACAGAGUCCGCCAAGAUGGGUCUUCCGUCCGGCAAAAGAGUGUACAACUGGUACAUCUCCCUGAUGGCGGCCAUGUGUAUGGUCCUCUACGGGUACGAUGCUUCCGUCUUCAACUCCCUCCAGGGCUCAAAGAACUGGCUCGCCUGGGUCGACGUCGACCUCAAGAAGGACACCCAGCUCAUCGGCCUCGUCAACACCGCCUACACCAUUGGCGCCAUCGUUGCCGGUUUCUUCAUCGGUGGUCCCACUGCCGAUUAUCUCGGACGUCGCUGGGGCAUGGCCAUCGGCUGCUUCGUCACCAUCAUCGCGACCCUCAUGCAGACCUUCACCCCCCACCACAAGCUCGGCGUCUUCAUCGCCGGCCGUGUCGUGAUCGGUAUCGGCCAGGGUAUGGCUCUCACCGCCGGCCCCGUCUACAUCGGCGAGGUCGCCCCCUCUGAGAUUCGUGGCCACAUCAUGGCCUGCUGGCAAAUGUUCUACUCUGUCGGCUCCUUCAUCGCCUACUGGAUCAACUACGCCUGCUCCAAGCGCCGCGAACAGCUCGGCGAAUGGGACUGGAAGAUGGUCGUCAUCUUCCAGAUGCUCGUCCCCAUCCUCAUCAUCAUCGCCCUCCCCUUCCAACCCGAGUCCCCGCGCUGGCACAUCCAAAAGAACGGCAACGUCGAGGCCGCCCGCGCCGCCCUCAUGCGCAUCCGCGACACCGAGGAAGAGGUCGAGCAGGAGCUCCUCCAGAUCCGCGAAGCCAUCGAGUACGAAAAGGAGGCCAUCAGCAGUUCCUACACCGCCCUCUUCAAGGACCCCUCCAUCCGCAAGCGCCUCUACCUCGCCUUCGCUCUCAACGUCGGACAGCAGCUCACCGGCCAGGGUACCCUCAACUCCUACUCCACUUCGAUCUACAAGAAGGUCUGGCCGUCUACCGAUACGAUCAACCUCAUCAACGCGCUCAACGCCACCAUGGGUAUCUUCUUCACGCUCAACGCCAUGUGGACGGCUGAUCGCUUCGGUCGUCGGUGGUUGUUCCUCGUCGGUGCGGCUGGUAUGGCCGUGUGCAUGCUCAUCGUCCCCAUUGUCGGCAUGAAGACUCCCACCGCAGCAGACGGAACAAAGAGCGAGCCCGUCGGUAUCUCCAUUGUGUUCUUGCUAUUCCUCUUCAUCUUCUUCUACAAGCCGACAUGGGGCGCAACAACAUGGAUGUGGACCGCCGAAAUCUUCUCUGUCAACGUCCGCGCUCAGGCCGUCGGCAUGUGCUCCCAGAUGCAAAACGUCGCAAACACAAUCUUCCAGCAAUUCUUCCCCACCUUCCUCGCCAACGAGGGCCUCAACUGCCUCUUCUUCUUCAUGGCCAUGAACAUCGUCCUCGGCAUCUUUGUCUACUUCCUCAUCCCCGAGACCAAGCAGAUCCCGCUCGAGGAGAUGGACCAGCUGUUCGGCGGCGCCAACCACACCGAGAAGGGCGCGCAGAUGUUGGGCGUCGGACCCGAGGAGGGACACCAUGGUCACUCUGCGCUCGAUAACAAGGACGGUGCUGAGAUUCAGCAGUCUGAGAGGAAGGAGGCUGUUUAAGAGGUGAGAAUAUGUCGGUAAUUGGAGAUAGAAACAGGAGUAAUGAGUAAUGCGGAUUGAUGUAUUAUUAUCAGAGAACUGAGGAUCGGCCUGAAAGAGGCCCAGGUCCCGUCGCAUUAUACCCC